ACGUAAACCAUUUUCUGCUGGGCCUGAAUGGGUAACGUUACGGCCUAGUGUUAAACAGAAAAAGGAAAGCUCUCUCUCCACCCCUGAUUGGAAAUGGACUCUCUCGCUGUACUCUCAGCGCCUCUCCAUCUCCACCGCGCAUCUCUCUCUACCCAUUUCUGCCGCCGCCGGCACGGCCUGCUCCGCCACCAACCUCUCAAAUCCCCGCCCUUCGCUCUCAAAUGCGCUAUCGAUUCUCGCUCUCCCACGGCCCCGAAACCCCUCACAGGCUCUCAAUCUCUGGGCGGCAGGCCGCUCUCUGUUCAUCUCGCAUCGGCCCCGAGAAUGCCGCCCAUGCGUGGAGGCGAGGGAGACGCCUUAGGUUUACUCUUUAAGGAGAGGAUCGUCUUCCUGGGGAACGAAAUAGACGACUUCGUAGCUGAAGCUGUCAUGAGUCAGUUGCUUCUGUUAGAUUCUCAGGAUCCCGCUAAAGAUAUUAGGCUCUUCAUAAAUUGCCCCGGUGGUUCUCUAAGCGCUACAAUGGCUAUUUUGGAUGUUGUCCAGCUGGUAAGAGCUGAUGUAUCAACAGUUGCCCUUGGCAUUUCUGCUUCAACAGCUUCUUUAAUACUUGGUGCUGGCACAAAAGGGAAGCGUUAUGCAAUGCCUAAUACUCGAAUAAUGAUACAUCAACCACUUGGGGGUGCAGGUGGGAAUGCAAUUGAUGUAGAUAUUCAGGCCCGAGAGAUCACGAAUAACAAACAAAAUGUGAUAAGAAUAAUAUCCAAUUUCACUGGCCGCUCAUUGGAACAAGUUGAGAAAGAUAUCGAUAGAGAUCGCUACAUGUCUCCCAUUGAAGCAGUGGAGUAUGGCAUAAUUGAUGGAGUUAUCGAUCGAGAGAGCAUUAUACCACUUGAACCCGUCCCUGAUCGGGUUAUAGCUACACUUAGAUGUAGUGAAAUUGCUAAAGAUCCAAAGAGAUUUCUUAAUCCUGAAAUCCCUGAUGAUGAAAUUUAUUAGGCUAUGUGGCGUUCUUACAGGCCUCACGAACCACUUUUAUUGAAGGAGCAUUUGAUGUGUUUGCAGACUUACCAUCAUUCGUGUUAUUGAAGAAAGCAUAUGAUGCAUUUGCGGACUUACCCGCAUUCGCGUUCUAGAUUUACCGUUGCUGAUAUAUUUCAACCCCAUCACACCAUUUCUCUUGAAGAUUUUGAAUUUGUGGUUGUUGACUCCAACAUGCUAUAAGUUUGUGUAAACGAGAUGUUAUGCUUUCCUCUAGGAGAGGGAUUAUUCAAUGUAUGGUACGUCGUUACUUCAAGGGGAACAUGUGUUAUUAUAUUGAUAAUUAUGUCUAUUAAAGGGAUUGAUAAAACGUCUACAAUUAUGCAAGCUGUGCUAAUAGAAACUGCCUUUGAGCUUUAGAGGCAAGUAUCCAAAACUGUUUCUUGUUCUUCAGAAAUAUUGGACAUGAUGUUAGUUGUGUGAAAACUUGUUAUUAAUAUACAAAGUUAUAGGUA